AUGGAAAAAGGAAAGGAAAGAAUCUGCUUAACAGCAAACAUACUGUGGCAAAUAUGGAAGUCACGGAACAAGGCCCAAUUUGAAAAUGAAAAAGGAGAAGCAAGGAAAAUAAUUGGGAAGGCACAACAGGAGUGGACUGAAUAUGAGGAGGUGAUAGGAAGAGAAAGGAAGGAUAGGGAAGGAGGAAUAGGGUCAGAUCAGCAGAGAAGGGUUAGGGAGUCACCAAAAGAAGGUAUCAUAAGAAUUCACACGGACGCGGCUAUAAGUGCAAAGCUGAUCAGAACAGGAAAGGGGAUAAUAGCUAGGCACUGGACAGGAGAGAUAUUGAGGGCAAGAGGAGUAAUGGAGAUGAAAAUAGGAGAGGCACUAAUGGAAGAAGCCUUAACCAUUAGAAUGGCACUCCAGAUGGCAAGGCGAGCAGGAUGGGGAAAGAUAGAAGUAAUGUCAGAUUGUAAAACAGCAGUCGACAUGAUCACAAGCAACAAUGUACAGGAAGGUCUUAUAGCAACCAUCUUGGAAGACAUUGAGGAUCUAAUCAAAGGUUUUGAUUUUUGCACAGUCCUUUGGGUACCUAGAUCAGCUAAUGUAGGAAGUCAUAGGCUAGCACAAUUUGCAACAAAGCUAGUUAAUGACAUUGACUGGGAAAACAACUUCCCAAUGUGGCUUAUAGAAGCAGCCAACAAAGAUUGGAGGGCUGAGGCCACCUUUUGUAAUUAA